UUCCAUUUAUAGUCACUCGAAUUAGUUGAACAGUUCAAGUUCGGUCACUCUCCGUUAACCUCCGUUAACUUUGACUGACGUGGCGGUCAACUCUGACAGUUGACCGUUAAAUGUGUGACGUGGCAAAUAAAAAAUAAUUAAAAAAUAAAAAUUAAAUUUUUAGAAAUUACACAUCAUUAUAAAAAAAAAUUUAUAAUUAUAAGAAAUAAAAAAAAGAAAUUAUCACAAAAAGAAAUUACACAUCAUUAUCACAAAGAAAUUAUCAAAAAACAAACAACACAAAGUUCCUUCCAGAUUCGUGCCCCGCCUCCAUAGACAGAGUCUUUAGUCUUUACCACACACAUGAAAAUUGGGUUAUGUUGGUUUGUCGUUGCAGGGCUGGGCAACGGCGAUCUGAACGGCGUGACGCUUGGGACGACGAGGAGCGAUAAUACGUGCGAAGGCGAGCUGCAAUGGAACGUGGAAGUGAUCAACAACUGUGCGUGCCCCAUCAGCAACCUGGUCGUUUCAUGCAAAGGAUUCACCAGCACUCUGCCAGUAAACCCGGCUCUGUUCAUGCAAAGGAUAUCACAGGCUGGAAUUAACAACAAUGGAUAUAACUAAUACAUUAGUAUGAAACACCUCCUUUACAAAUCAUUCCAAUCCUUAAUUCUUUUACAGGUGCAUCUAAAAGCUAGAGUUCCUGGAAGUAGCCUACCCUCUUCUUCUUUUUUCUUAGAAAAGUACAACGCAGAUCACCAUUGGCCUGAACUGGCCGGUUAAAACACAUCAACAUUUUUUCGGCUACUUAACUGUAACCAUACAAUGAACUCACGCUUUACCU